AUGGCUCGCUCUCUCAGUAAGGUCCAAAAGAAGAUAUCUAAGAAGCGGGGAGGCAAGCCCAACGACCUACAUGAGAAUAGUCGAGAUGCAAAGCGGCUCCGACAAGCAGGGGCAAGGGAAGAGAAGUUGGCUCGGCUGAUGGAUGCAGCAUUAAAAGCCAACCAAGUCUAUGUCGAACGGGUGGCGUGGUUCAAGUCAGCCCUGCAAGGCUCUUCAGGCCCGUUGACCGACGAAGAAAUGCAGCUACUCACGCAGAGCUUUAUUGAGCGUGAGGAUGAAGAACUUGCCGAAGCCAAGCAACAGCGUCGACCUGGGAGACCGCCUACAAAACAGGAAGAGAGAAUCAGCCAGCGAAAAGAAGUCGAGGAACGCGAAUUCCGUGCCGGGUUCUGGGUCCCUGAACUUCGAAAUGAUGAAAGCCGAAGGAAGGUUGAGAGAUGGGCGGGAGAGUGGGGUGGAUUGAACACGCUGGACUUUGUUCGCGUUGUGCAAUCGGGCGACAUAAAACCUUCAAGCUUCCCUCCCAAAGCUCUUUCAUGA